AUGACUUCACCACGUCGAACGCGCCAGCCCCCUUGUGACACCUCCCGCCAACAUCCACUCGGCGCCCACUAUCACCAUCGCAGUCCACCGCGGACUGGCGUGACCUCGACAAUGUACAAGCAGGCGACGCAAAAGACGAGCGAGGUGUUGUCGCUGCCUCCGCGAUGGCUGGGCAUGUACUCGGACUUCAUCACCAAGAACAGCAGCGCAGUGUCGCAGAUUGAGUCUGCAUUGCGAUCGCUAACCUACAUCAUCCCCGGCCGCUUCCGGGAGUCCGAAAUUGCGUCAGAAUCAUUGCACAGCGGCGUUCAAAUACUCUCCCUAUAUCAUGAUUCUCUCCUCUCAAAAGCCAUGGCACAAAUGCCCGGAACGCGACGACAGCCGCUGACCCCGCACCACCGAUAUACAAAGUUCUGGAUCGAGAAGUCUCCCACAUACAAGCGUAUUGCAAUAGUCCUGCAGAUGAUCCAAUACACAGAGCUACUGUGGGAGAUGGCUGCGAAGCGAAAGGGUGAGAAGAUGCGGUGGCGCGUAGUCGUCUUGUUGGAGAUAGUCAAGGCAGUGUGUAGAUUACUACUGCUACGGUUGACAAACUCACGACCGUUGCUAUCGCCGCCACUUCCACAAAGGGAGGUCGAUCCAAGUUCUCUCGAGGAGCAGUCUGCUGCGGCCGAUGGUAUGGAUACCCCACCCAGUGAGCGCUCGGUAGAGGCGGAGAAUUGGACGAUGCCUAGGACAGGACUCUCCAUGCCCAGCCUGCCGGACUCGUCAGACAUCUCAAACUACCUCCUCUCCAAGGUGCUCACUGCAGACGACAUUAAACCCCCCAAGGCACUGCUUCACCGUGUCAGUGGAAAGGGCGAGCUUGCAGAAGUACUAUACAUUCUCCGACCGGUCGCCUACGCUCUCGCUAUGCAACACUUCAAGGGCGACAGGAAGAGCUGGCGGCCAUGGCUCAUUGGUGUCAGCAUCGAGUAUGGUGCCCGACAACUUGCCAAGAAGGACUUCCAGGAACGACUAGCUGGUGGGCUUCGUGGGUUGACUGGACUGGAGCGUGAGGAGCUAAGGAAGCGCGGCUGGCAAAUGGGCUGGUGGGCCAUGCGUGGGGCCUUCUAUGAGAACAUUACCAAGGGCUGGAUACAUUCUAUCACGCGCAAGCUCAAGAACAAGCCACUUCUUGACAUGGUUGGUGGUGUCAUUGAGGACUACGAGUUUCUCUGGGAUCAGUACUACUUUCCAACAGCGACGCUGUGA